GCCCCGGCGCUUUUCUCCCAAGACGCCGGUGUUUCUGAUCCGAGCUGUCACACACGGAAGUCCUAACUCCCUUCUGUCAUCCACGUGAAGGCGGAGGGAGAGAACUUCGUCAGAGGGGUUGGGAAUGGAAUCCUUCAUCUCGCUCCCUCGUCCCCUGUAGCCUACACCAAUGCCGUAUCAUAGGAUUCAAUGCAACCGCAUCACCUUCGACAAUUGCAUCCUACCCUAUGACAUUUCGAUAGCGCAAGAAUCAAUGCGACCCCAGCAUUCGGAUCGGACCCGGUCUUACAUAUCACAGCUUAAUCUAGGUCACAUUUGAUCUAUCCACGCGUAAGCCUUGGGUUGGAGGUGACCUUGGGCAGUUGGUUGAAUCGCGGGCUAUCACUUUUGUUUUUGUUGUUUAAUUUCAUCACAUCCUACGCGAGGUGGCUUUUUAUGAGACAAGUUCCUAGCGAAAAGAGGAAGCUAGAGUUAUCUCCCCGCGCACCAGACGAGCUAUGAGCUUGAGGCGAAGCUACCCACAGUACCCUCAAACGACGGCGCUGCAGGAGCUCAACCGCCCUCCCGGAACCGACUGCCUCGUGGCUUCUUCCAAAGAGACGGGAUGGGGGGAAAAUGCAAGGCGGAGAAUUUUUUUGGAAGAAUGAGGGCUAAUUGAUCGAGACCCUGACCUGCCGAGGUGUUGAAACGGGGAAGCCGAGGGGACCUGCUUAUUUGUUACGCUUCCGGAAACGAAACAAGCCUCAUUCACUCAACGUUUGACGAUAACAAAUCCUGCACUGCAACCUGCAAUUGAUCUCGCAUACGAUACGGUGACAUGGAGAUGUGCGACAUUUCGUCAUAAAGCCAAGGAUCAAGUACCGAGUGCGGCAUCUUGAUUGUUACUUACUACGUAGUAUCACAGAUAGUC